CCGCUGUUGGCGGAGGAACUGUCAAUUCCGGUGCAUUUGGACAGACAGAGUGUCGCGUGCUGUACCGUUCGCCAGAAAUUCGGGAAAUUCGUGUCGACUGACCAGAGUCCACGAAUUUCCGAGGGUUUUCCUAUAACUGAACUUAACAAACGGUUUUGAAAUAAGUGAAUUAGUUUUAAUGCGCGACCGCACCCGUCUUUCAGUAGUAACGUGCGGUGAUUCAUAGAGAUAAUUCGCGGUUUAAUCAUCCGUUUCUUCGAACGGUAUCGUAUGUAAAUUCGUCGAGUUCCCCCUGUAAAAAUCGGUAACAAAAUGACAGAGGUUCAUAACUUAAGUGUUGAUGCCAUCAGCUGUCACGCUUGGAAUAAGAAUAGAAAAGAAGUGGUCAUUUGUCCUAAUAAUAAUGAAAUACAAGUUCAUAAGCAUACAUCAAGUGGUUGGAAACUGCUGCAGAAUCUGCAGGAGCAUGACAUGCAUGUCAUGGGCAUUGACUGGGCACCAAACACUAAUCGAAUAGUGAGUUGUUCCGCAGAUAAGAAUGCAUAUGUUUGGACACAAGAAGAAGAUGGAAAAUGGAAUCCUGCAUGGGUACUUUUAAGAAUUAACCGAGCUGCCACUUGUGUUAAAUGGUCUCCUUUAGAAAAUAAAUUCGCAGUUGGGUCUGGUGGUAGAGUAAUAGCUGUAUGUUACUUUGUCUCUGAGAAUAAUUGGUGGCAAUGUAAGCAUAUAAAGCGUCCAUUAAGAUCCACUGUAACUACAGUAGAUUGGCAUCCAGACAACAAAGUUUUGGUUGCUGGAUCCACUGAUUUCAAAGUUCGUGUCUUUAGUGCAUUUAUCAGUGAUAUUGAGGAUGCCCCAGGGUCCAGCCCUUGGGGUCAGAGUAAUUCUUUAGGAACAUUACUCGCUGAGUUCCAGAACACUCCUAAUGGUGGUGGUUGGAUUCACACUGUUGCAUUUAGUCCAUGUGGUAAUAAAAUAUGUUGGGUAGCGCAUAAUUCAUCUAUAUGCAUUGCUGAUGCCACCAAAGGAAAUGCAGUCAUACGAUUGUAUACAGAGCAUUUACCAUUUUUAAGUUGUGUUUGGAUGGGGUCCAAUUCCAUUGUUGCUGCGGGUCAUAGCUGUAUGCCCAUGUUGUAUUCUAUUGAUGACAAUGGUCAACUGUAUUUUGUAUCAAAAUUAGACAACACGCAGAGAAAAGAGGCUGCUGGCUUGUCUGCCAUGCGUAAAUUCCAGUCGUUAGAUCGUCAAGCGAGAACAGAUACAAACGAUAAUGCUUUGGAUAGUAUACAUCAAAAUACAAUUAAUUGCGUACGCAGAGUAUCCGAUAACGAAUUUAGUACAAGCGGUUUAGACGGUCAGUUGGUAGUCUGGGAUCUGAAGCUUCUCGAAAAUUCCAUCGCUGGUUUGAAGAUAGCAUAAGAAAAAUUUUUUUUAUAUCAU